AGCUCGCAUGCUCAAGCGGGCGGGGUUGGCCAGUAGCUGGCAGGACUGGGAUGGACGAGUGGAGCUUGAGGAAGCGCAAAGAGGACAAAAUUUGUUCUCUUGGCUUGCAGAGCCCCGGCGCUGAGAAGAUAAAGGCGAUCAAUGCCAGAAGAGCUGAACUCCUCCGAGAGCAGAAGGUUCUCAGGGCAGCUUAGGUUGUUCUCAGUGCUAUUGCCAUUGAUGCCGUUGAUGCCCUUGGAGGCCUUGGCCAUUGGGCUUCGCCGCACCGUGGGCGAGGAUAUUGUUGUGCAGAGAAGCAAUGUGAAGGCUCAGCAGGUUGCCGUGAAGAAGUCCCGUCAGAUGUUCGGGUCCAUGGAAUGCCGCCACAACAAGCUUCCCAGUGAAGAGUCGCCAGAGGGGCUGGAGCACACUCUGCAGAACGUCCUGCGAGUCUCGCAGGAGUUGGAAGCCCUUCAGAAGGAGGUCCACCAGUUGGAGAAGGCUGAAAAGCAAGAGCUCCUCAAGGGAUCUCAGGUCAACGUCAACAGCCUGAACGACUGGUUUGGAAGGUACGGGGAGCCCAAGCGCCAGUCCCAGCCAGUCGAGAUGGCGCGGUCGUGCCUCAUGAAGCCUCGCAGACUUCCCUUUAUAGGCACUUCCAAUGCCGUCACUUUGCGGAAGGGCCACCUCAUUAAAUGAGGCAAAGUGCGCUUCUCCGGGCAUCGUUAGCCCAGAGUGGGACAGACUGCGCAAUGGUGCAGUUAAACUGUUUCACAAUGGCUCUUGGGGAGCUGGCGGUGUAGCCAGCGUCUGCACAACACGCCG